ACGGCUGACAUCUGACAGUGCGGGAUCCCGAGCAAUAUAUCUAAACAACUCAAAACUCUACGGAUCAAAUCAAAGCAUCUCCGAUCAAAUGUCUUUCGAAAUUAUGUGGCCGGAACGCUCCUUUCCCAAAUCGGAGGGCGAUCUUAAUCCUCAUAUCAACCCAAUGCUCGAAUCUUACUCAAUAAUUGACUGCUGCAGUAGCCCAAGCCGAAGACCGUCUGCUUCUCUUGAUCCCAUUCGGAAGAUAUCUGAUUGGGAAGACCGUGGCCGGGCUCUCUCCCGUACUCCGUAGACUGUCACAUGUUUCGGAGUCCGAGACUGAAAUAGAAGUGGCUCUUGUCUGCGCAUGUCUAUCUGGAUAUAGCUGGAGAGGAAGACGGUUCUCGAUCGGAGUCCGUGGACAAAUUUGUCACAUCAGUCAGCGACUGUGACGGGGGAAGACUAAAAUAGAAGAGUUCUAGCCUGAAUUGGUGUAAGUGGCUCCUUUACGGAGCUCAGAUCGACAGCGUGGGCUCGCAGGCGCGCGAUCAAUGUCGGAAGAUUCGACUGUGCCGAAUGAAUGUGUAACAAACUCAUGGAGCUGUUUCCUUCCGCGUGUCUUGGGAGGAUGACCCGUGUCCCUUGGGUAUCGAGGGCAGUGCGACCCCGGAGUUUCGUCUUUUGACCCCAUUUAAGAAUUGUAUAUCAUGUUCACGUCCCGCUGCUUCCGCACAGUUCGAGUCGAGAGCAGGUCCGCUAUCCCUUAGGGUUUCUUGAGCGUCCAAGGCAGCCGAGCAGGCAGUCGGUUUGUUUUCGUCCGUAAUUUCCUCGUUUCGGCGAGCUUUGAACGUAGUGAAUCCGUACCCAGUGCUUCAAGAUGUUUGAUUCUCCAGAGAGCUCUCCUGAGCAUGAACAUAGAUUGAUUCGAGGAGUCUGGCAGCCCCUCACAGUCGAUCCGAAGGAUAAUAUCAACCCAUUUCAGCCAGCUCCGAAGAAGAGGCUUGUGCAGUGUUUUAUAGUGAAGGAUCCAGUUUCUCAGGCUUUUUGCCUUUUCUUACAACUGAGCCCUCAAUUAUCAUUGACAAAUAAGGGGAAAUUUCUUCUCGCUUCUCGAGAAAUCAGCCACGUGUCCCGCACAGAGUUUUCAAUCUGGAACGAUCUCGAUGAGCUUUCGGAGGAUAGCGAAUUCCUCAUCGGAAAAUUGAUGUCGAACCUGAGCCGCACAGAGUACUUACUGUAUGAUUACAGGCAGUGUGGGACCCCGGAGAGCUACUCGAGCUGCUGGCGUCCACAGCAUGGAGUGAGGCCAGGCAGCGUACGCGUGGCAGAGGUGCACUACAACAUGACCUUGGGCAAGCCGCAGCAAUUCCAUAGUUUCAUCCAUACUAUACGAUUGUGCACAGACAAUGAAGGUCGCGCGGGUCCCGUCAGGAGUCCGGACGUGAGGCUUCACUCGCACAGAAUUGCCGGAGAUUCCGAAUCCAGCUCUGACGACUCGGGAAAGUCGAGAUCUACGCACUCGUCAUCGGAAGGGGCGAAAGCAGCGCAGGAACGAGAGUCCUCGGACGCCGCUUUGGACAAGUCGGCGAGCUGGACAGGGCAAAAUCAACCCAGGCUUGAAGAUUCCGUGCCGCAUAGCAAGUCCGAUUCGUCUCUCCAUCAUCUGCUCCACAGCUUCGGCUCGAAACACGGCGUCAAGAAGGAUCUGAAGGUGGACACGACGCAUUCCGAUGUCGCUGAUGCACCGCUGACUCUCAAGACGAAAGCUUACCUGUGGGACGAGAGCUUGAAGCGAUAUUACGCCAGGUUUGACAAGCGCGCCGAUGUGCAAGGUUCCUCUAAGAAUUUCCAAUUGGUGAUCGGCGAUGAAUCCGAGACACACAAGGAUGAAACCAUGCUCCAGUUUGGAGAAGUGAGUCCAGAGAUCUACUUCAUGGAUUAUGCCCACCCUUUGACGGCAUUCGAAGCCUUCGGUAUUUGCUUGACCAGAUUGGACUAGUCGCCUCCAAUUUGCCCAAGAUGUCUGUACAUUGUGUAUACUAGAUGAUCGAAUCCAGGUAUCAUUUUCAAGCGAUAUCUUGUACCCAGUUUCAAAGCUCUCGUUUCCUUUUACACAUGGGCUGAAAUCGGAUCGGAUUAGCAACUACUUUACGUUACACGGCUGUAGAUAUCAUCUAUGGGAAGAGAAUUGAAUUGUAGAACCUUAUUGGUACGAAGAUAUGUAAAUUGUCUCCCAUUACAGAAAAUAAUUUUAAUGCAGGAUGCAGUUCUAGUUUUGCACAUAUCAUAGACGAGGAAAUGUCCGUUAUACGCAUGUGGACCUUUUGCCACUUCGUGCUGUAGAAAUCGAACUUUGUGCUCUGAUCUCUCUCUUUCCUUUCCCACCCUGUCUGCCUCGCCCUGAACAGAAAUGAUUUCACCAUGCGCAAGUGACGGAAUCAGCCGGUUAUAGAAUUAUAUUUGACAAGUGUACACAAUUCAAGAAUCUGUGAUGACUCGAUACCUCUUUGUCUAUUGGGUGAGGGCAUUCGGUGACGAAGCAAGCUCGUUCAGGAAGUCAUUUUACAACCUAGCGACAGGUUAAAUAAAUGUGAAUUUAUUUGAGUAUUUUUUAAUUAUCAAUCAUACACGAGACGACC